AUGACCUACUGGUACGAGACACCCGACGAUCAGAAGGAUACAUGGCACUGGAUGGGCGUCGCCAUUUCGCUGGCCCACACCAUCGGGCUACACCGCAACCCGGGAAACACCAACAUGGCUCCCCGCAAGCAGAGACUGUGGAAGCGCAUCUGGUGGUCAUGCUUCAUGCGGGACAGGCUGGUCGCGCUUGGAAUGCGCCGUCCCACCAGGAUAAAGGACGAGGACUUUGACGUGCCGAUGCUGGCCGAAACCGACUUCGAGCUCGAGGCGCUGUCGGACGAGAACCAGCUGCUGUCGGCUGACUGCGCCGUGGUGCGCGAUCUGGGGAUGCAGCGCGAGCUCGCUGAGCUCUGCAUCCAAAAGGCCAAGCUGUGUGUGCUGAUAAGCCGCAUGCUCAAGGCCCAAUACUCGGUCCUCAUCCGCGACGCGACCAAGCCCGAGAACACGACCAACAGCACCAUGAUGCUGUUCCCCAACAAGACGCUCGACAACCUCGACAGCAUCAACGUUGUCGACCUCGAGCUGACAGGCUGGCUAGAGGCGCUGCCCCCGGCCGCCCAGUACCACCCGCUGACGCCGCUCGACGUCCAGCAGGGCCGCUCGACGGUGGCGGUGCAGCGCAGCCUGCUCCACAUGGUGUACUACACCACCGUGUCGGCCCUGCACCGGCCGCAGUUCCUGCCGGCAUCGCCCUUCCAGGUCCCGACGGCGUCGCGCCAGGUGCAGGAUAUGUCGCGGCUCCGGGUGCGCGAGAGCGCGGCCCGCAUCACGCACAUGGCGUCGGAGCUGCACCAGCUGCGGCUCGAGCGCUUCCUGCCCACCACGGGUGUCACCGUCAUCCUCCCCGCCAUGAUCAUCCACCUGCUCGAGAUGAAGAACCCGAUGAUGGAGGUGCGCGCCACGGCGACCAAGGGCUUCCGCCAGCUCCUGCGUGUCAUGGAGAAGCUCCGCGACAUAUACUCGGCGGCCGACUUCGCCACAGUGUUCCUCGACGCCGCCCUGCGCAAGGCCGCCAUCGACCUGAACCAGCCCAACCCCGUCGGGGCCGCCGAGACACUGAGCACCAUCAUGGCCAACGGCGGGGGCGGGCACAGACAGCGGCAGCAACAGAUGCAGCAACAGCAGCAGUUCAAGCGACAGCUGUUCCAGCAGCGCCAGAGCCACCACUAUGGUCAGAAGCCGUCACUUAGGAAUAAGCCGGCCACCAUCGCGCCUGCUCUCAACCUGGCGGGCGCCGCUGCGCUACGGCGCGAAAUGGGUGGUGCUUGCGACGAGCUCUCGACCCCGCCGCCCGAGAACGCCCCGUACAUCAACCGGAUCGAGAUGGGGCUGUUCCACGGUGAGCGGUCAUAUAACAACACUGUGCCGCAACAGCAGCAACAAAAACAACAACCUCAUCAGCAGCCCGUUGGCAGUGGAAGCCUGGGCAACAACAUCGACCCGGCCGCCCUCGCGGCGGACGUCGUGGCGGCGGGCCACUCACCGCCACACACGGAGAGGGACCUCGACUCGGCGGUCGGGCUGACGCCGUCGGCCAGCGGGGGUUCGUCGGGCGACGGCGAGCACGUCGGGUUCGACAUGAUGGACGUGGUCGACUUUGGCAGCGGCCACGACGAGUUCGACUGGAACGCCGUGACGGGCACGAACCUCGACUUCGACCAGUGGCUCCAGUUCCCCCCGGCGGAGGGCUCCGGCGGCGUCGGCGUUGACGGGUGCCACGAGGGCAACAACGGAGGCGGCACCGAUGCCGCCGAGGCGCAGGCGACCGCGGAGCACACGGGGGACGUUGACGCCGACCCGAUCCACGAAUUGAUGCUGGUCGACAGCCUGUCGGCCGACGCGGGCGCGCAGCCGAUUGCCGCGAGCGCCUGA